GUUUCUGUCUCAUACAUCCACUCACUUUGUUCUACAUAAGUUCUAGAAUCCUCACUCCUGAUUUUUCCCGAUUUCUAUCGCGAUAACAAGUUGUUUUGCGCAAGUUGUUUAUGUCCGUCACACUAUAUAUAAGUUAUUGAGUGGUGUGUUUUGCAGCACAUACUACCAUGGGUCGCCCAAAGAAGGCCGCUGCUUCCUCAUCGCCCAAGAAGGUCAAAUCGCCGAAGAUGAAGGCAGAACGAAAGAAGAAGGACCCGAAUGCGCCUAAACGUGCACAGUCAGCUUACAUGAUUUGGCUCAACGAGAACCGAUCCAAAUUGGCCAAGCCCGGUAUGAGUGUGGUCGACGUGUCUAGGGCCGCCGGAGUUGAAUGGGCAAAAGUGACGGACAAAUCGAAAUGGGAGAAGCUGGCCGCUGAAGAGAAGAAACGAUACGAAAAAGAAAUGGCCGCAUACAAAGCCGGAGGAUCCAGUGCAACGCCUAAAAAAGCCGGAAAAGGCAAGGCAAAGUAGAUCCCUAGCUUUGAGAGCAUUGCACCCUCUUUCUUUCUAAUUUUUGGCUUUGUCCGCUCCCACCAAUCUCAAUGGUCCCUCUCACGAUACCUCACUCUUUCACAUAGCCACCUCAUCAGGUUGCAAACACGGUCUAACCAAUGCAGCCACUUUCUGACUGUACACUAUAAAUAAUUGCGUGUGUUCUUCUGGUUUGUCUUGGCAAGCAUUGCUUGCGACUGAUGUUCCAUUGUAUAAUGUCGUGGCCUCAUUAUUGUGUGUA